CUGUCUGCGCGCCAUCAUGUCUGCUACUGGAUCCUGUCCAUCACCGCGGCCCUUGUCUACCAGGGCCCGGUGACAGGGCUGGGAUUCCAAGAGAACAGUUUUCGAAUAUCAUUAAUCCCACUGGUGGGUUUUGCGAUUUACAUCAUUUGGAAUGGCCCUGGUCAUCUCUCCAGCGACUGGCACGUUCAUCUACAAGCUGCCACGGCAUGCUUGAUGGUCUGUCUAGGUUCAGUCUCGGGCCAUCUCGAGAUGUCCGAUGCCAGUGCAGAACAGAUCAAGCCCAUAUUUCAUACCUUUCUCGCGUUCUCUGCCAUAUCAGCUCUCGAGUCCAUCCGGCAGAACCGCAAAGAUAUCCAGCCCUGCGUUUAUGUAGGCUACGGUUGCGAUUUUGAGAUUGGAAUAGAUCUCCGUGGAUGGCGUGGCUCUCUCUACUAUUUUUACUCGUAUUUUAUCGUCCUACUUCUCUUCUGCGGCAUCUAUUUCGUGCUUGCCCUUGGCCUUGCCAACAUCUAUGGGCCUGAAGUCUCAGAAGAGACUAUGGGCUUUAUUUACAUGGGUGUUUCAAAGACAUUCCCCAGCUCAUUGGUUCUCGUGUACGCGCUGGUAGCUCUCGCCGAUAUAGCAGUGACUAUAUUCUAUCAGAUUCACCGACGCCUCCUGUGCCACUAUACCCUGCAGACGAUCCUUCUGACCUAA